AAGGGGACGACUCUGUCCCAGCUUAAGAAGAGAGCUGUGCCGGCUGGCUCGGAGACUCCGAGUACCUUCAAGAAGCCAAAACCCCUACCUCGCCGUCUCGUGAAGAAAGACGAGUCGAAGGUUGCUGAGGGGGGAUGCCCUGAUGACGAAGAGAUGGGCGUGGACAAGCCGUCUCUGGUGGUGGACUUGGUGUCCAAAUCGAGGUCCGGUGGGCAUCCGGACGAGCUGGAGGACCCUCUUUCGGGAAUCCCGGCCGACGUCCGCUCUCAGAUACCGGCGGAGGUGGCCCGCCGAGCUAGGUCUUCGGGCGCCAAAGACAAAGGGAAGGAUGCAGCUGCUGCCGAGGACGAGAACGUACCUGCUACUCCCCACUAUUCGUCAAAGGAUAGGGUGGCUAUAUGCCGCAAGGUUUUUAAGGCCGUCCCCGCAGAGUAUGUUGCUUCUCUUCCUGGCCGCAAGACUGACGCCCAGUUUGGUGCGAUCCAGGCCACUCUUCUCGACUUGUUCUGCCGCAUGGAAUUCUGCAAGAGUUGGAAGACCCGCACUGCUGAGGAGCUCAAAGCUCAGGUGGCUGAGUCCACCCACCAUGGCGACUAUGCGUUCAAGUCCAUUGAAGAGGUCCGCCUGCAGAUGCAGACGACCAUAGACCUUCAAGCGAAGGAGGUAGCUGCGUUGAGAUCUGACAAGGCCGAGCUGCUUAAGAAGAUCUUGGCGCAGGACAAGGACAUGGUGGCAAUGGUCGAGGAGGCCAAGACAGCGGCGGCGGAAAUGCGGGAGUACCCUCAGGUCAAAGAGGCGGCUGAGGAAGCCGAGCAUCUUCGUGGGGAGCUGGAGACGGCCAGAUCGCAAGUUCGCACCUUGCGUGAGCGUCUUCUGGAAUCCUAUGAUCAGGGGGAACAAGCGACCAAGGACGCUGUUAAGCACGCCUGGGAGAGCCACAUGUCAGAGUAUGAUCUUGGGUGGUUCCAGCGGCGAAUGGAGCACAGUGCCGCUGUGUUGGCUGCUGAACGUCUUGGUCAGCCGCCCCCUGAGUUUAUAUCAUCUGAUGACGAGGACGAUGCGGCCGCUCCCUGAUUUGCUUCCUUUCCUGCUUUUUUAAAAUUUUAUUCAAGCGUUCCCGUGCCUAAGGGCAAAAACAAUUAUGUUGUAAAGUUUUGGCGCUGAUGGCGUCUGUAUCAUUGUGCCUGCUGAGCACACAACAAUUUUCUUUCUUUUUUCUGGUCAAGAAUUCUGAGCUACUUUUACACGCCUUUCUACGGGCGUUGUUUUAUAAGUAAAUAGGUUUUUUGAUGCUUCUCUUAUCUCGCAUUUACUUGCUCUUCAUAAUUUGAUUAUUCCUUAAUCAAUAGGCUUAAUCAAUAGGUAUGAUUGCCAAGGUGCAACCGAGUGUACACUAAGCACGUUGAUGCCGCAGGCAACUGAGUAUGCGCUAGGCCCUACUUUGGUCGUCACUUUCUUUGGCGAGCGUGUCUAUAACGAUAUUGAUUGACGCAAGUCAAUCAAUAGGUAUGAUUGCCGCUAGACAUGCUCGUCAAAUGGACUGUACGGCCAAACGUUCGU